AUGACUGAACCAAUCCAAGGCCUUGAUGGUAAAUUCUACGACUUGAGUCUAGAUCCUGAUACCGAUGACAACACCCUUUCAUUCAUUGUCAAGCCAUUGGAUCCACCCCCGAAGGAGUCCGUUCAUCAGGAAACCUCCAGCGGUACUGCUGCUGUUUCUGGGCAGGCGGGUCACCCUCUGAUGGGGUCCAUUCAUAAGAAAGCCUUCAACGAUACUGCCGGCGAUACUCAUCGUAAAACUUUUGAUGAGUUUGGUCUUCCUGAGGCUCUCUUGAGAGCACUAGCCUUGUUGAACUUUAGAUGGCCUUCGAGAAUCCAGGCGAGAACGAUCCCAAUUCUCUUACAGGACCCUCCGAGAAACCUGCUGGGACAAUCUCAGUCUGGGACCGGAAAGACAGCCGCGUUUGUUAUCACCAUGCUCACUCGCCUCGAUUUGACCAAUCGUUCCACUCAAGGGCUCGUCCUUGCUCCUACCCGUGAACUCGCUAGGCAGAUAGUGGAUGUUAUUGAGGGGCUUGGCCAGUAUAUGGGCGUGAAGACACAAUUUGCCAUCCCAGCUAUGUUUGUGAGAGGGAAGGAAUUCGACGCCCACAUCGUGGUAGGGACCCCGGGAACUACGUUGGACUGUGUGAGAAGGGGACAGUUGGAUCUCGAUCAUCUCAAGAUGUUGGUUAUCGAUGAGGCCGACAACAUGCUCGAUUUACACGGGCUAGGUGAACAGUGUAUUCGCAUUAAAUCUACCAUCCGUCAUAACGUCCAAAUCUUGCUCUGGAGUGCUACCUUUCCACAUAGGAUCGUUGAAUUUAGCAAGAGAUAUGCACCGGAUUGCCUUACCAUGACUCUUGAGCAUCAUGAGUUGACCGUUACUGGUAUCAAGCAAAUGUACAUGGACUGCAUAAACGCUGAGGCUAAAUUUGGCGUUCUGGUACAACUCUACCAUGUUCUAACCAUCGGAUCAUCAAUUAUUUUUGUCCAUCGGCGCGAUGAGGCUACACGUAUCGCGGAACGCAUGACUCUAGAAGGACAUAAAAUAUCUGUGCUUCAUUCUGCCCUCGAAAAUGGUGGAGCGGCCCGUGAUAAGGUGAUCGACGACUUUCGCUCCGGCCGGACCAAGGUUUUAAUUACGACCAACGUCCUAGCCCGUGGGAUCGAUGUUUCUACAGUUUCUAUGGUGGUCAACUAUGACCUUCCCAUGGACAAGGAUAAGAGGAUCGAUUUUCCAACUUACCUUCAUAGGAUCGGCCGCACGGGACGGUUCGGGCGGAUUGGUGUCAGCAUUAGCUUCGUGCAUGAUACCACAUCCUGGAUGCAAUUGAUGCAAGUAUCGGAGCAUUUCGGUGUUCAAAUUUCAAAGGUUCCUACUGGCGAUGUCGAGGUUAGCUCACAUCUCAUCCGCUGUGACAUUUUCAACGUUUAUGCUAAUUUGGGGUGA